CAAUUUGAAAAUCAAAAAUCGAACGUCGGGAAGAUCGAAAAUAAAAUCUCCGAAGGUUGAGAGUUAAAAAUGAGACUAAGUCUCUUCGACACUUAGAAAAAUUUCUUGUCUUUUCAAUUCUUUGAGCAUACUACUAGAAACUAACACACGAUUUUUUUACGGGGUGUUACACCUUCCUUGUCUGUUAUAACUUACAACAUCUCUUAUAGAGAAAUGUCUAUGAUUAUUUUGGACUGUGUUCAGUAAAUGCUACUGCUGACGAAUAAAACUGAUUUUCUUUAAUUUCACAGUUGGAGUCUAGUUUAAAAAUUUCCAGAAAAAUGAAUGAAAAAUUCUUACCAGUAACCAGAUCAUUUGACAAGAAAAUUUUGUUCCUAUCUCCUGUUCUAAGCAAAAUAUAUCUAUUCACAAGUCUUCUUUCUGUAAACCGAAGUUCUCUGUCAAUGCCAUCACCAGGCUCAGACUCCUCUUCUUGAAAUUUUUCAAUGUUGUCUCUUGCCCAUUAGUUUGAUUAGUCCCGUAGUUUAGAAGAUAAAAUUACCAAUUGUGAGCACAUGUAUCUAGAUAUGGCAACAAGUGCAGCUCAUAACCUGUUAACUUUUAAGUUUGCAGGAUAUAAAAGCAUUGUUCCCUACUGAUAAGAAUCCAUUUCCCUUCUACGCUGGUUUUGGAAACAGACACACAAAUGAGAUCAGCUACCUCUAGGUUGGAAUACCUAAAUGGAAAAUCUUUGCCAUCAAUCCAAAGCAGAAAAAUGGCUAAUUUUGAAGAAAAUGUGAUGGUUGCUUCGUAUUGGGGUGGUGAAAUAAUUUCUGAAAUGAGCGGAUAUAGAUACAGCGAAGGUGCUAUAAUGAUUGUUAGCAUGUCUAUUUCAACUAGCUACGUUGAACUAGUUGCAAUGUUGCAUGAAAAAAUGAGGACAAACAGUGAAAAUAUUCAAAUGGAUAUUUCUGGAAAAUAUCCAUGCUCAUUUCAAGGUAACGUUACAAGGUUUAUUGAAUUUAAAAUAGAGAACGACCAGUCUUUGCUACAAUUUCUUGUCAUUCCUCAAAAAUUUUCGAAUAAAAUUGAUAUAAAUCUUUUGGAGAUGUAUGUAAAGACUAGACCAACAAAUCAUGACAAUCUAUUUCAAAUGAAUGGUCAGCAUGGUUAUCAUAUGAAUUUAUUAGCUCAAAAUUAUGGAUUUGCCAUGCUCAGUCAUCCUCAUUUUGCAUAUACUGCAACCCCUAGUAUCCAUCAAUCACUUGAUGCAAUCCCUAAUGAACAUGAGUAUCAAUCAUAUGAUGAAGGAUUAAGUAGUCAAGGACACAUUGAAAGUGGUCACAGGCAAUAUGAGAUCAGGUGGGUGAUCUUUACUUUUUUUGAAACUAUAAGAAAUCUUAUGCAUCACUGCUUCACCAAUUCAUUAUUAUUUUUUCCACAGAGAAGAUGAGGAUAAAUUUGAUUUGUGUAAUGAUGAACAUGCUCAAAUUUGUGAUGAAAGUUCGGAGGAAGAUGAACCUUUAGAAGAUGAUGGAGAAAGUGAAACCUUAGAAAGUGAAUCUGA